AUGGAUGGCGAGUUGGGGCAGGAUGACAUGGACAAGGAAACGAGAAAUGGGGGCGAAGAAGAUGGACACAUAGAAGUGGGAUGUGAUGAUUCACAGAUGGAGGUGGGAGGAUGUGAAGGGCAGGCUAAGAAGGGGAAGGAGGAGAUGGAGCCGUGGUUUGCAGAAGCUGUGGCAAAACAUCCGUGUUCAUAUGAUUUUCGGCCUGAAGAAAUACAGCAACAGGGACAAACCUCGUCGUACAGUACGUGUAAGCAGAACGACCCGGACUUCAACGGCUGCCUCAAGGAGGCGCUGCAGUCAGCUGCUCCACUGCUCAAGAACGGGAUUCCCGGCUUGGUUGUGCCGUCCAUAGAUCCCACGCCAUUUGCGAGCAUCAAGAUCCAGCAAGGGAAGAAGCAGAGACCAGUAUCAGUGGACGUCGAGUUCGACAACAUGCUCGUCUACGGGAUGUCGCGCGGCUUCGUGGACUCUGUUGAAAUGGUGCCCGGCAGCUACCACAUGAAGACACACUUGCGUGUUGAUGAUCCCAUGUACAUGAUCGGUACAUACAAGGGGGACGGCAUGGUUCUGGUCCUGCCCAUCAAGGGAAGUGGCGCCGGCAAUAUCACCAUCUGUAAGUUUAUUUGUUUGCUGCCACGCGCGCAGAAUAAACCUUUGGAGCGAGAAGGAGAAGUGUACUGGGAUAUCAAGAACUUCACAGUCAAGAUGGAUGUAGGAAAGAUCUACAUACAGUUUGACAACCUGUUCAAUGGUGACAAGUUGCUGGGUGACAACAUGAACAAGUUCUUGAAUGAGAGCAUGGACCUGUUGGUGGAGGACCUGAAACCGGCGAUAGAGUUGGCGCUGGCGGCGACGGACAUGGAUGUGGCGAGGCGGCUGUUUAGCAAGGUGCCCUAA